CCGCAUCAUAAUUUAGAUUUCAAUCCUCUUCUCUCUUCUGAGCUUCUUCUUCUUCUCUCUACUCUGUCACUGUUCGAUUCAGAACUCCAAACCCUAAUUUGAGAUGACCACGCUGAAGCUGGACUCGCUUUCGCCGACUGAAACCGUGGAGAUAGAGAACGGACUAUCGCUAACGCCGCGGAUGAGGCUGAAUAUGACGGUGUAUCCGUCGAGCCAAGUCGUGAGCAAGCCGAUUGACGAGUGGAAGAUGAAGCAAACCCUAAUUGACUUCCUCAAAACCUCGCUUUCCGAUCCGAUCACAGUUCAGGAGGAGGACCUGAAGAUUCGAAGAGUGAAGGACCUCAAGAAGCGGAAGAGGGACGACCCUGUGGCUUCUGGAACCAUCUUCAUCCGCGACCUAGGGUUUCUGAGGAAGAAGAGCAGGAAAGAUGAGAAGGAUGAGAGGAGCGUUGAGGAGGUGGAGAAGAAGUUUGGGGAUUGGAGGAGGUACAUUGUGGACAAGAUGGAUGGGAUUGAGCUCAAUUUGGAAGGGGUUCAGUUUAAGCUAAACGUCGCCGUUUUGGAGUCGGAUGAUUUCAUUGUGAUGAGGAAAGGCUGGGAGGAGUUUCAGGCUUUCGGAAAUCGAGGGAAGCAAGAGACUGAUACUAUAAUACUGAGGGGAGUUCCUUCAAGGUGGUUCGCAGAGCCGCGAGUUUCGUCAAAGCCUUCAAUGCUGGUCACACAUACCAUUUUUUCUACAUUUGGGAAGAUAAGGAAUCUUAAUGUUGCUGAGGACGAUGAUCCAGGUAAGGAUGCGAAUGAGGAUGGUGAGGAGUUGGUAUCAGGUCUGCAUUGUAAGAUUGUGGUUCAGUUUGAAAAACAUAAGGACUUCUACAAUUGUUUCAAGGCGUUUUGUGGCCGCUCAUUGCAGAAGCUAGGCAGUUUGUUGAAGGCUGAUUAUGAGGUUGCAUGGGACAAGGAUGGAUUUUUUCAAGAUUUGAGAAAUCAAAUACAGCAAAACGGUAGUAGGACACGAGAAACUACAACAUAUCCGAGGCAACAGCAACACUUUUCUCGUUUUAGUGACAAUGAAGCUCCCAGAAAGAGAUUUAAGGAUUAGAAAAGGCAGGGUCUGAGAAUUCCUUGUAGAGCUGGGAGUUGAAGCUCAUACAAGCCACUGUAUGACAGGAAAGUGCUAAAGAUUAGUCUUCAUGCUAGAUCAAAUAUGAAAGAUUAGCCUUUCGUAAAUGUAACGAGUACCAUUAAGCCCCCAAAUUUGUACCAACAAUUUAUAUAUGCGUUUUGUUGGGGAUCAGUGAUUAAACAUUUAAACAUUAACAGUUAUGCUUCUUCAUCCAA